CAGAUAUUCUUUUCCAUCUUUCCGUGAGUAUCAUCAUCAUCUUUUACCUUGAUCAGACUGUUUGGUUCUUCGGGCGGUUCCAAUUGUUGCUCAAUUCAGCGUCUUCUUACGGCAUUCAAGAACGAAUUUGACAACCUGCAGCGCAUGCAGAGGCUCUUGCUCUUUACGCCAAGUCCUGGCCCUUAUUCGCUGCGCUUAUUUAGUAGAGAGACAGCUCCCCUUCAGCAAGCUGCUAGCUUGAUGAAACUUUCCACUGGUCCGUAGAUGAUGGCGGCGUGGACAUAAGUAGCUUGAUAGCACUACCAGAAGCUUUGAAUGUGACUUUUCAGGGGUGGUAAGGCGCCCCAGCUUUCGGUUGAGCAACAAUGACAACACUCCUUUGUCUGCAACGACAUUGCCCCCCAGCGAUGCUUGACCCUAUCCUAACUUGACCCUCCUUAGUCAGCCCAGACCGAGCGGGUCGGGAUACUCCCCCCAACUCAGCCAUGGUGGGGGCUACUCCCGUGCCGCCACCUGGCGCCGAGCUGAACCACAUUGCCUCGACGCCCAAGGCGGUCCUGGGGUGCAUAGCCUUCGCCAUCUUCUGGCUGAUGGCCGUCUUUCCCUCGGUGCGUUUCCUCCCGAUUGGAAGAACGGCGGGCGCGGUGAUGUCAGCGGCGCUGAUGGUGGCGUUCCAGGUGUUGAGCCCGUUGGAGGCGUUUGCGGCGGUGAACCUGCCAACGGUGGGGCUGCUGUUUGGGACGAUGAUCGUGAGCACGUUCCUGGAACGGGCAGGCGCGUUCGAGUAUCUAGGUUGGUUGCUCGCCUGGAAGAGCCUCGGCGGUGCCGACCUUCUCUGUCGCCUGUGCGUCUUCUCCGCUCUCUCGGCCGCCCUCCUCACGAACGACACGACCUGCGUCAUCCUGACGUCAUUCAUCCUCGGGCUCUGCCGGGUGCGCGGGCUCCCCCCCCAACCAUACCUUAUCGGUCUUGCCACUAGCACGAAUAUUGGGUCAGCGCUGACCCCAAUCGGUAACCCGCAAAAUCUGAUCAUCUCGAUCAACGGCCGGGUGUCGUUUGGAAAGUUUUUAGCGGGCUUGAUUGCGCCGGUUGUGGUUACUGUGAUCGUUAACACGCUCGGUUUGCUGGUUAUCUACGCGCGGCGGUUGUCGAAGAAGCGGUUAAGGGGGCGGUUAGAAGAAGCGGCGAUCAAGAACACGGGGUUAGAAGAGGCGCGUAAUGAGCCAGGGGGACAGGAAAUAGUGGAGGGAAUGAGUUUAGAAACGGUGGUCGGCGGGGGGUCUCGAGAAACAAACGAGGCCCACCCGGCAAACGGCUUGGAGCUAGCAUCAAACGGAAAACGGGUUUGCAGCAGCAACUCGGCCGGGAAUGAGGAACAUGAAAAGGGAAGCGAGGACCAGGAGACUGGUUCUCAAUCAGGUGGUGGGCGAAAUCUGAGUGCGGAGGAGUCGAGAAACGGGUCACCAGUGCCGCCCCGGAGGAGCCUCUCCCUGGGGGCGAAACGGCGGUGGCGGGAAGAGUGGUCGGCCGGUGCAGACGGGUCGUUUCCUAAUCCGCAGUCCGGCGGAGCGGCAAACUCCUCGCUGGUUUUCCAGAAAGACGAAACGGGACGUCGGUCGUUGAGUUCGCAAACCAGCGGGAUCGUCGUUCUCAUCGACCAAGAGACGGACGGUUCUCCAACUCAUUCGGACCGUCAGCACACUCGUUCGGACGCUCCUCCAGAAAAUGCGGACGCUUUUCCAGCCGCAGGCGCCCAUUCGGACGGCCUCCGGCCGCGUUCGAAUUCGCGCCCACACCAAGUCGAGGUCCUCGUUCCGUUCCCCGACCUGGAGCACCAGGAAGGCGUCCCCGCAGUCGCGCCCACCUGGAGGGGACGCCUAAAGCUUCUCCGGAAAAAGCGGCCCCCGUGGCUGUUCAAAGCGUCCGUGUAUGUCGUUGUCGCGGGGAUGCUGGCGGCACUUCUGGCCGGGCUGGAUUUGCCGUGGGUGGCGAUGGGGGCGGCCGUGAUUCUGAUCUGCCUAGACUUUCGGGACGCGGAAGAAACCCUGGAUCAGGUGUCCUACUCGCUCCUCGUCUUCUUCUCCGGCAUGUUCAUCGCCGUCGAGGGCUUCAACCGGACGGGCGUCCCCGGGCAGAUCUGGGCCUGGCUCGAGCCCCACGCGCGCCUGGACACCGCGGCUGGGACGGUCCUCUUGGCCGCCGUUGUUACUCUGCUCAGCAACGUCGCAUCCAACGUGCCCACUGUUCUACUUUUAGGUCCCCGGGUGGCCGCGUCUGCUGCAAGCACCGCUGGUAUUAGCGAGACCUACGCAUGGCUGUUCCUGGCGUUUACGAGCACCGUGGCCGGAAACUUAACCAUGGUUGGUUCUGCUGCCAAUCUGAUUGUAAGCGAGGAGGCGUUCCGUGCAAAGGACGGGAUGCAAUAUAAGCUGAGCUUCUGGAACCAUCUCCGAUACGGGCUCCCAUCCACCAUCAUCGUGUUGGCCGUCGGCAUACCCUUGAUCAACGGCUGAGAGCAGCCUCGCCGCGCUUCGCUGCUUGCACUGCGUACACAUAGAUAAGUACGGGCUAUUGCCUGCCACCGUUUGGUAGUAAGUUAAGAGAGAAGCCCUUGUGUAGCGAGAAUGCGAAGUGAGUGGUCAGAGUGAGUAAACAUACUGCGAUUGACGGAUGCCUUGACUAUGUGGAGAACGAUUGGGCGUGCCGAGUAUGAUAAACUCGCGUCCACAUAUAUAUACAACCUUGAACUUGUGCGCUGAUGUGUCUCCGUAGGCCUGAUUCGAAAGCUGCAGCUAUAGCGCAAUUGCACAGAAAUUUGACACACGAGGGCCAGAUCUCGUAUAAGAUUGGUUACUUGUUCGUACAAGUGAUUGCUGACAGGCUGCAUCUGACAUCCAUGCACCGCUGCGCCGUCAAGGCCGGAUUCAACAUUCUCUCAAUUGCCA